AAUUUCCCGACCUCGUCUCGGCGUUUCACUCUCGCACCCGCACUAGAAGCGAAGAGAACCCUAGGCGCCGCACCCGCGCGCCCGCGCCCGACGACCGACGACGCCUGGAGCCGGAGCCUGGACGCGACCCCGAGCCCGGCGCCGCUGCCCUCAGCUCUCCCCGCCGCGCCCCCCCCCCCACCCCGGCUCGCGGCUGCGGCGCGGCACGAGUCCCCGGUCUGGUGCUGGGUGCUGCCUACCGAGCCACUGAGGGGCAGAAUAUUACACUCACAUUGCUGAUAGUAGGAUGAGUCUCUGUACAAUAGCAAGAUGGCUACGUCUUUCAAGACCGUCCUCUGGCACUCGUCAUUCAGCAGUUUGGGCACAUCUAUACAGCACUGAGGCUGCAAAGGACACGGGUGCUAAUAAGUACAAAUACCCUGAAGUAUAUGACCCAUAUGGGCCUAUGCCACCACCGUCUGAGAAAGUUGUGGAUCUAGCUGACCGUAUUGCUGCUCUCCCUCCUGAGGAGAUCAAACAAAUUGCUCCGGCCCUCCUCCUCAGACUGAACCAAGAGCCACCACAGGCGAUAUCUGGCCUGGGUUUCAGUUUUGGUCCUCAGGGUGGUUCUGGGGCUGGCGCUGCAAAGGCUGAGGAGAAGAAAGUUGAGAAGACAGUCUUUGAUGUCAAGUUGGAGAAAUUUGAUGCUGCUGCAAAGAUCAAGAUUAUCAAGGAGAUCAGGACAUUUACGGAUUUGGGGCUGAAAGAGGCGAAGGAGCUAGUGGAGAAGGCCCCGGUCAUUCUGAAGCAAUCACUGACAAAGGAGGAAGCAGAGGCAAUCAUAGAGAAGAUAAAGGCAGCUGGUGGUGUUGCUGUGAUGGAGUAAAGGAUAAUCUCCUGGACACAGCAGACCUUUUUCUCUUCUUCCUAUUUUUGUUGCCAUGAUCAGGCAUUUGAGAUUGCGCAUUGCAAUGCCUCUAUGCUGGAGGGAGUAGUUCAGUUAUGUUGAUAACCAAAGUGAGAAAGGAACUUGAGAUUUAGUUGGUAUGAUGAUAGCCAUGAUUUGUUCUAGAAUAAGCUGUUCUUUGGGCUCUACACAACUUUUCUGGUGGAAUGCCCAGCACCGUAACUCAGUGAAUGAACGUGGACACCAUUGCCAUGAAUCUGAUGCUCAUACCUUUUGUUUCUCUUGUUGUAUCUGUUAUGACUUGAAAAAUCUUCGCAAUGGGUUAGGGAGCGUGAAAUCUUCGCUGUCAAACAUGUUUCAGUUACACCACGAUGUAAGAAUAUCAUUGUUCUAUUGGGUUUUCAAGAAAUCUAAUGUUUUUAAUUCAGUAUUUCAUCA